AUGGACCGCCUAAGACCCGGCCGCUACGAGGCUCAGCCCCGCUCCUCGUCGUCCAGCUCACAAGCCUCGUCGGCCGGCACUGGCUCCUCGCGCGGAGCCCACACACCCCUCACCAGCCCGUCCCUCUCGGAACCCGACUCCGCAGGCUGGUCCGACUACGGUUUCAGCCCAUCGCCUGCCAAUGCCGCCGAUCCCCCCAGCAGCAGCGGCGCCACUGGCGCGCCCAACGGCACCGCACCCAAACUGUCACCCUUAGAGAUGCUCAUGCAGCGCGGAAAACAGGUACAGCACGACAUCUGGCGCCCAGAAAUCGACGCAGCCCACUCGGGCAAGAGCAAGAUCUACGAAAGAGCGACCGCCCUCUCACGAAAGACAUCGGUCAAGCACGCUCCCUACCACCCUUCGCCCGACCCAGACGACUUCGACGACGCAAAGAGCGUGCGCAGCAUCAACCUUGCGCCCCAGGGAUCCGACGCGCCAUCCUUCUCGGUCAUCUCGCGGCGCACCUCGGCGGGCUCUAGGCGUGAGAUCCUCGCUGGCCGCGGCUCUCACUCGCAGUGGAAGUCGGCCAGGGAGCUGGGCUACGACGAUGAAGGCGACUCGGUCGGACCGCAGAGGUUCGCCGCCUCGACGUCGGCCGCUCCCGACAACCCGUCCUGGCAGAAGAGGGAGAGCGGGCAUCUCUUGAGCAAUGCCUUCCGCGACUCCAUCGCCUCGGACAUCUCCUUCAACUCCAUCACCGGUCAGAAUGACCGCUCGUCCCUGUAUGACGACGGCGGCGGCAUCAGCGUGGGCGCGGCGGGCAGCUCAGGGAUACCCGCCGAUAUCUACUCGCCGGACCUGAUGCGGCGGGACUCGGUCGACACAGUGCGCAGCUCCGAGUUUGGCGAGCACGGAAGGUGGGGCCGCGCCUGGGCCAACAAGGCCGACGACGAGGAGACCGAGUACGGCGAGAGCGUCUACGGCGGAGACGAUGACGACGGUGAUGAUGCCGCCGGCGGCAGCUGGAGGUCAGAGGUCUACAGCAAGGACCUUGAGAUUGAGCCAGGUCAGGGCAGCUCACCCUUUGACCUUCAAUCCGGCUCCAAGCUCGACAGCCUCACGAUCCAGUGGAAGGCGGCGCAGCAGCGCCAACAGGCACCGGCCGAAGGAGGAACGGGCACGCAUACCCAGAUCCAGCGGCAGCGGCAACUUCGGCAGCAGCAGCAGCAAAUGCAGCAGCAGCCACAGCUGCAAAAGCAAGGAGCGACGUCCUCGCCGCUCCCGCAAAUCCACUCAGUCCCGGCCAAGGAGCACGUCGUCAACCUGACGCGGUCCACCAUAGGGUCGUCUGCGGGUGCGGGCAGCAACAAUGGCCUGCUCAGCGCUGAGCCCCCUCAGUCGCACCGUCACAGCUUCGUCCCCUCGAUCUACGAGGCCGAAUUCGACGAGGCAUCAGCUAGCGGCUCCGCAGACACGGCGUACGCGCGCCGCGACGUCGACCAGACCCCGAUGGCCGGCUCACAGAGGCAGCUCGGUCACAGGGCCACUGACUCGACCUCGACGCUGGGCUCGGGGGGCGCCAAGGUCUACGUCUACCCUCCCAGCCCGUCGGGCUCCGAAGCUUCGCGCAAAGGCGGCGCUGGCGGCGACGGCAUCGCUGGAACGGGGUCCGGCCACGCCGCACUGCCCCAAGGCAGCAGGGCAGUGGUCGAGACGAUGGACGAGUCACCCCAGCAGGCCAUGGCCGCCUACGCGAAGGGCCACCUUCUGCACCACGCCGAGGCCAGGCCGAAGGGUCCCGUGGCGCCUUCGAACCUGCUGGCCCAGCCCCACGGCUCGCCCAUCAUCGGGCAGCAGGCGAAGCCGCGCAAGACGUCGGGCCAUCCUGCGGGGCGACCGCCGCCGCCGACACCGACGACGCCGUCGUCUGGCUUCAGCCCAGCCGGCUAUGCCGAUCCCAACCGACCGAGCCCGGCUGCGGCCGCCGCAACACGUCCGGUGCUGGGCCGUGCGCGGACCGAGGCCAUCGCUGCGGCCAACGGGCGGGAGAGCAUCGUGUCCGAUCUCGACGUCGAGACGCUGCGGCUCGACGGAAGCAGCCGCAGGGACAGCACCAGCACCAUCAACAGCAUCAUGACGAGCCGAAUGUCGAUCGGCACGGUGCGCUACGAGGAUAUCGGACUGCCUGGCACGGCAGAAGAGGAGGGCGGUCAGCUGGGCGUUGACAGCGGCGGCGGCAGCCGCGAAACGAACGCGCCGAGUAAAGCUGCCUGGGACGCCAAUGCGCGGCUGCGGCCCGCAGAUCUACCCAGUCCGCGGCGCGCCUUUUCGUCGCCGAGCGGACCGGCCGCCGAGCGACAGCCGAGCCCGUCGAGGAGCAAUACCCAUCCGAUGCAGGAUACGGUGCUACCCAACGCCAGCCAGCAGUGGGGCGCCAGCACGGCCGGCGGAGGCGGCAGCCACGAUACAGCCGCUGCAAAGCGUGGCGUACCGACGCAAGCGGGUACACCGCGGGCUGCCGCUGCGCCUCCACCCCUGCGGCAGGCGAAAUCAUCGGCGGCGCUGCCGACGAUGCAGAGCAGCCUUUCGGGCUCGUCGUCGUCGCCGAUGCUCGCGGCUGGCACCGCCUCUUCUGCGGCGAUGAAGCCGACGCUCUCUGCGUUUUCCGAUUCGUCGGCCAUGUCGUCGACGACGGACAAGACGAGCAGCGCGCGGAGCACCAAGUCGCAGCAGGGCACCGACACGCGUACGGGCCCGUCGUCGGCCGAAGACUUUCUGUCGCAGGGCAUCACGUACCACGAGCAGGGCGACCUGUCGCGCUCGGCGUUUUACUUUGAGCGCAGCGCGCGCGUCGACGGCGGCUGCGUGGUGGGCAUGUGCAUGUUUGGCAUGGCGCUGCGCGAGGGCUGGGGCGCGCGAAAGGACCCCAAAAAGGGCUUUGAGUGGAUCCAGCGCGCCGCGGCCAAGGCGGGCGAGAUGAUGCAGGGCGGGGGCGUCAAGAGCGAGAGCGAGAUCAAGGCCAUCAAGUCGGAGCUCAAGCUAUCCGUCUACGAGCUGGGCAAGUGCUUUUGCUACGGCUGGGGCGUCAAGAUGGACAAGGCCAUGGCGCUCGAGUACUUUGAGCUGGCGGCGCGGCUGGGCGACGCCGAUGCCCAGGCCGAGGCGGGCGCGCUGUACGCCUCGGGCAAAGGGUGCAAAAAGGACCUCAAAAAGGCCGCCAUGUACUACCGCAUGGCCGAACAGGGCGGAUACGAUACCGUCGGUCUCAGCUGGAUCCACAAGGACAAGUACAAGUAG